AUGGUGUUCCCCUACCGGAAACGGGGUUUCGGGAUCGCGGGCGACUGGGCCUUUAUACGAGGGUGGGCGAAGUUAUGUUACCGGGUCGGGGCUAUUCAAGCCAAGCCAAAUGCCGCGGGCCGCGGUAUUGUUCCAAACGGAGAUCCCGUGACCCACCUGAAAGCUGAUGUCGUCCACUAUGGGGUUUUAGUCGGUGUGAGUCCGGCA